GCCUCAAUUUGGCAACCCUGACCUUGGGAGGAGGGUUUGAGGAGAGCUCCAGCUUCAACUUCAACUUCAGCUAGUUGAUUAACUAGAGAGCAGCAAGUGUGUUCAGUGGAGCUCUCCAAACACAGGAGGGAAACAUGGCGAAGGGGUCGAGACUCUCUGUGGCUGAACUGGCUGGAAGGUUCUCAUGCCAGGCUCCCCUUUGUCCAGAAGAUGAAGUGAACAAGCCGGUACGGAGGAGACCACGCACACUGCCAAUUCCUGCCAGUAAUGAUGUGGGUCAGGGGCAGGACGAGAAAGCAGAAGUUGGUUCCCACCUGCCGAGAAAGAAUCGAAACUCUGCCCUCAUUGAGAAACUACAGGCAUCUCUUUCACCAACGUCCCUCCUGCCUUCCCCAUUGAGUCCAGGAGCUGGAAAACCGCAGCUGCCAUUUUUUCCACCUCAGUCACCCUGUAGCCCAGUCAGCCCAACCUCAGUAUCCAAACAAAAAGAGUUUGAGAUUCCGGCUAGCUUUGAGGCCCCUGCAGAAAGCCUUAUUCUUCCAAGCAUCAACAAGGGUCGUGCUCGUCAUUCUAUCAAACGACGUCCUCCAUCUCGCCGUCUCAGGAAGUCCAGUGGGGACGAUGGUGGGACUGAAGAGGACAAUGCCACCUCACCGACGACUCCAGAUGGAAAGGAGAACGACGUGUUCGAAAAGAAAGAAGAGAGCGAAGGUGCCGACCCGGUAUCUGCUACAUCUGAGCAACAGCAAGAUGAAGCACACCAUGAAGUUUCAUCAGAUUCAGAGCAGCAGCUCGUAGCUUCAACCGGGGCAGAAGAGAGCAGGGAGUGUGUCAUGUUGGCUGAGAAAGAGGAGACAGUAGAAGAGGAGAAGAAGUCUGACCAGAAUGAGUUAGAUAGCAGGAAAGAAGAGGCCACAAAACAAGAGCCUGAUGAGGAGACAGCUGUGGAGGCAGAGAAGGAGCCAGCAACAGCAACAGAUGAGGAGAAAAAAGAACAGGAAUUGAAACAAGAGGAUGAUGCAGAGGAAUGUAAACUCUCUAAGCAAUGAAAAAAGGAAUUCUACUUGAGGGACACUUCAUGAAAUCUUAGCCACAUGGGAGAACAACAAGGGCGAAGUAGAGGUCUGGAAAUAAUGUGAAUAAAAUGACCUGAAGCCUCUUAACAAAGCUUUAGCGCCAGAUUUUUUUUCCUCUGUUUUAAUGUGCAAGUUAAUCAGAAAGUAGAAAGAAAAACUUUUUUUGUACAGUUUUGUUAACAUUUUGCUAAAAUCUUUUUUUGUGAUGGAUUUUUUUCAGAUUCAGUAUUAUUUCUUGGUCUUUUGUAUUAUAUAUUGCACUAAAGUUAAUGUUGUACUAAAGGAUGGAUGGAUGUUGACAAGAGCAUGCUUUUUAUAUAAAAUGCAAAACACUGGGAUUUAGAGCAAGUGUAUAGUGUGUUGUCAGAUACACAGUCACGUUUUAUGUUCAUAAUAAAAAUUUAAAUCAAA